CUCCGCUGCCUUCCAAUGUUAAAUAAUAUAAAAAGAAAUGAUUUUGAUUGUUUUUAUUUUUCCCUCUUUAUUUCUUACUCUCUUUUUUUUAUUUAUCUUCCCAAAAGAACACACACAUUUAUAUUUUUUACUUUAAUGACUGGAUUUAUUAUAAUAUCUAAUUCUGGAAAGAAGAUUUCUUUAGAACAUGCCUCACAUCCUUGUCCAAGAUGUAAAAAUCCAACUUCAGUACAAUUAACACGUUCAGAGAAGUCAUUGAUAGUCUUAAAUAAACGCAUCACAGAUAAUUCAACUGUGCGGUAUGAAUGCUCACAAUGUAGAUGGAAAAACCAAAUGUUACCGUAUGAUGGAAGAGAGUCAGCUGAGUUACAUCGUUAUUUAUCCGAACAUUCUGCAGAAGACUUUUUCUUUGGUGAAGCUUCUACUCCUUCUUCUUCUUCGGGAGCGUCUCCUUAAAAUUGACCACUAUUAUUUUAAGAGGAAAUUAUACAUAUACCAAAACACUUUUUUUGUAUCUCCCUGAAAAUCUCUUCUCCGCUUUUUCUUGCUUUCUCCUUAUCUACUACUAUUACUACUACUACUACUACUAUUAAUAUUAAUUCGUAUACAUAUCAUCAUUGCAUAUUAUCUUCUUCCUUCUUUUAAUUAUUAUAGACUUUUUAGAUUAUUAAUUAAAACUGUAUAUAAUCAUAUAGUUUAAUAUACAUAAAGAAAUAAAAAAAAAAUAAAAAAUAUAAAUGCCAUUCUAUA